AUGGGAAGAAAAACAAAAGGGGGAGAUGGGACGCCACGGGCCGCGUCGAACGGCUUGCUCGAGGAGGGCUUCCAGUGGCUUCUGCCGCCGCUGCUGCUGCUGUGUGUGGGAGUUUCUGGGUUCUUUUGGUUGGAGGUGCAGUUUUCUUCCCUUCUCGCUCCGCCAUGUGAGUUAGCAAGUGUGUGCAGCGCCUUGGGGCGUGCGUCAUUCGAGGCGGCUCGCUCGUCAGCGUCUCCUCCGGCGACACCACCAUCCUGCAGCACAACCCCUUUGAAUAGCCCACCCGCCCCCAGCCGCAGAGUGCGCAUGGACCGCGGCCAUAAUGGCAACGAAUGGCAUUGUCACAGUGCACGCACACGCCGAGUGUAA